AUGACGGGCUUGUUAUUAAGCAAGCAGUUCGAACCCGAUGUACUACGUGCAAUACGUUCCCGGAAAACAUACCCGUCAGGUCAAUCGGAGAUCCUACAACCACUUGCGCCUGAAGUCACCGCACUUUUGCAGCAGUACUCUUACCAGGGGUGCAAGCUAACUGGCCAUGACAUCCGUUCCGCCUUAUCCGGCGCCUUGAAGAGCGGGAAAGUCCUUUGGAGUCACUUUGCGCGCGCAGUGGUCCAACUUGAUGAACGGAUCGUUGUCAAGUUUGGACCUAAUAUAUCGUCAAUUGACGCAAACAUGACUGCCCACAUUCGAAAGCAUUCUGAGGACAUUCCAGUUCCCCAGCCUCUUGGCAUACUUGCUCUUGGCGGAAAAGUCUAUGCAUUCAUGAGCCUCAUUGACGGUCGCCCUCUUGACAAACUCUGGCCAGACCUAUCAAAUACUGACAAAUGCUCUGUCCGGGAUCAACUGGAUGCCAUCUUGGAGAAUCUCCGGUUGCUUCCGUUACCAUCUAAAUAUCUCGGUGGUGGAAAUCCCCCUCAGUGCGUCGACUGCAGAAUGUGGAUGCGUAAGAGUCCUGAGUCAAUGGAGAGUGAAACGCAGUUCAACGAAUUCCUUCUUUCCGGUAAUAGUCGACCUACCAUGGAACCAUAUGUUGAGUUCGUCAGACUCAUGCUUCGCGAAGAUCAUCGUAUUGUCCUUACUCAUGGUGACCUGCACCCCCGCAAUGUCCUGGCUACUAAUGACGAGGAAAGAGGAGGGAUUCGGAUAACUGGCCUGAUAGACUGGGAGGUUGGCGGUGCGUAUCCAGAGUACUGGGAGUUUGUCAAGUCACUUAACACUGUUCGCCCAAUACGCUUGGGUGACUGGCCUUUCUUCCUGCCUCUUAAAGGGGAUGGGAAAGUACUUUGA